AUGGAUGGUUUCGUAGAGCUUGGUCCUAAUUUACCGAUUCUUAAAGAAACCGUUUUCGGCUGGAUUGUUUCGGGAAAAUGCGACACCUUCCCCGGUCCGAAGGUUUCUACUUCACUAAUCUGUAGCAAUGCCGACCUCGAAACGCAGUUAACGCGAUUCUGGGAUCUAGAAUCUUGUCGAACUGAUAGCACGCUUUCGGAGGAAGAACGAGAGUGUGAAUCGUAUUUCUCAAAAACCACUCAUCGUGAUUUGGACGGACGCUUCGUCGUAUCCCUGCCGAAAAAAGAAACCAUUCUUACUCAACUUGGAGAUUCAUAUGUUACAGCUUUAAGAAGGUUUUUGUCACUUGAACGGCGAUUGUUAGCCAAACCGGCUCUGUUUCAAUCGUAUAAGGAUUUCAUUCAUGAAUACAGAGUACUCGGUCAUAUGAUUCCUAUUGAUGCGACUCAAGAUGGCGUCUCUCAAGGCCCAAGGCCUUAUUAUAUGCCACAUCAUUGUAUCGAAAGGCCGGACAGCGCCACAACAAAAUUGCGAGUUGUCUUUGACGCAUCGUGUUCCACCGACUCUGGACUAUCUCUGAACGACGCGUUGUUGGUCGGACCGGUCGUACAAGACGACCUCUAUAGUUUGCUUCUUCGGUUUCGACUUCGACGGUUUGCAAUUGUAGCCGAUUUAGAAAAAAUGUACAGGCAGGUGUGGAUACAUGCAACCGAUCAACGACUACAACGCAUCCUAUGGCGGGAUCACCCCAACGAAACAAUCCAAACGUUUGAGUUGCGAACGGUAACUUACGGUACCGCAUCAGCGCCAUUUCUCGCCACCCGGUGUUUGCAACAACUCGCUAUAGAAGGUAGUCUUCGCCAUCCAAAAGCAGCAAGGGUCCUGUCAAAAAAUGUCUACAUGGAUGACUUACUUUGUGGUGUAGCAACGGAAGAAGAAGGGAAAGAACUAUGCAACCAACUUAUCAGCUUACUGCAAUCCGCUGGGUUUAAACUACACAAAUGGGCAUCUAACAGUGGUGCUAUAUUAGGUAACAUUCCUGCAGAAUUACGGGACAAUCGUAACACGAUGGAGCUCAAUCUGUCAUCACCAGCCGUCAAAACUCUAGGACUUCUAUGGCAGCCAGACGAGGAUGUUUUCCGUUUCAAGGUGCCCAUGUGGACGGAGGAUUCCGCAAUCACCAAACGUUUAGUUUUGUCGGAGGCAGCACGAUUAUUUGACCCGCUUGGUCUAUUGGGCCCAACGGUUCUGUGUUCCAAAUUGUUUAUGCAGGAGUUAUGGUUGUCUAAACUUCCUUGGUCUAAACUUCUGUGUUCCAAAUUGUUUAUGCAGGAGUUAUGGUUGUCUAAACUUCCUUGGGAUCAUCCACUUACGAAUAAACUGCAAAAAUCUUGGAAGGAAUUCCGGGAAGAUUUAGAAGCAUUGCGUGACUUUUCGAUUCCACGAUGGAUAGUUUCAUGUACUGAACCACAGAUAACCGAAUUACACGGGUUUUGUGAUGCGUCAGAGCGCGCUUAUGGUGCGUGUUUCUACAUUCGCACUGUAUCUGCUCACGAACAAAUUUCUGUUCACUUACUAACCGCUAAAUCGAAGGUUGCUCCGGCCAACACAGGAAAAGCCCAACGUCGAAUCACCUUACCUCGCUUAGAACUUUCAGCAGCGCUGCUGCUCAGCCACCUGUACGAUAAAGUAAAGCAUAUUCUUCCACCCACCACUCGUGCCCUGUUUUGGACCGAUUCUAUGAUAACAAUGCAUUGGAUAUCAGCUUCCCCUAAUCGAUGGAAAAAGUUUGUGGCUAACAGAGUAGCUGAAAUACAACAGCUCACAGCUCCUGGAACCUGGGGUCACGUAGCGGGGGUGGAAAAUCCCGCCGAUGCCAUUUCGCGUGGAAUGGCAGCUUCGCAACUAAUUAAUUUCGACAUUUGGUGGCAGGGUCCGACGUGGCUAAGUCAACAAAAGCGAUUCUGGCCCAACAUUGUUCGUACAUCCGAUGAAUCCUUUGAGGCGGAAGAACUUGAAGAAAAACCUGCAACUUCGUUACCAGUCGUUCCUGAUACAUCCAAUAUUUUCAUGCGAAAAUCAUCACUGACGGAGUUAGUUCGAUUAGUUGGCUAUAUUCGAAGAUUUAUAUCUAAUGCGAAAAACAACAGACGACCACGUUUAAGUGGACCACUUAGUACAAUCGAAUUGGAGGAAGCAUUGCAGAAUCUGGUACGAGUAUCCCAGCAAGAAUCAUUUUCCGAGGAUAUUCACUCCAUACAAUCGUUGGGUCAAGUAAAGUUUACAUCAAAAAUAAAAUCCCUGUCGCCCAUUCUCGUCGAUGGUUUACUUCGAGUACGAGGUCGACUGAAAAAUGCUCCGAUUUCGGACAACCAAAAACAACCGAUGAUUCUAGAUAGCAGACACUUGUUAACGCGAAUGUUAAACGAGUUCCUGCAGCUGUUUCAAUCGCAACAGAAUCGGGAUCGCGUGAGUCGAGAAUGUGCAGAUCAAGGUAUUCAAUUUAAAUUUAUUCCACCACGUUCGCCACAUUUUGGUGGCAUCUGGGAGGCCUCGGUCAAAUCUGUAAAAACGCACCUUACUCGCACACUGAAAAACGCACUCGUGACCAACGAACAGAUGCAGACUUUAUUAGCUCAGAUUGAAGCAUGUCUAAACUCAAGGCCCUUAACCCCGCUGAGCAACGAUCCCGAAGAUUUAGACGCAUUAACUCCAGGUCAUUUUUUGACGCACCGACCAUUGACUGCCAUUCCCGAGCCGUCUUAUGAAGAAGUUCCUACCAACCGUUUGUCACAAUGGCAAACCAUUCAAGAAUAUCUCCGUCGCCUCUGGAAGCGAUGGUCAUCCGAAUACCUGUCUGGGCUUCAGCAACGCACCCGAUGGACCCACGAACGAGACAAUAUUCACAUCGGUACAAUGGUAUUAGUGAAGGACGACAAUCUACCACCAAUGAAAUGGCGUUUCGGCCGUGUAGUAGACAUCGCCCCUGGACAAGAUGGUCUCACUCGCGUGGUUAGCAUUCGCACCAAGGAUGGCGUUUAUAAACGGGCGAUCACUCGCGUCUGUGUAUUGCCAAUUCAAGAUAGUCAAGAAUGA